AUGUCCGAACCACCACGGAAACGCGCAAAGCUGGCGUGUGUGACCUGUAAUGCGCGACGCGUCAAGUGUGAUGUCACGGAUCGCCAUCCUUGUACUAACUGCGCAGCCGGCAACGUCGAAUGCGAGACGCGUGAAUCGAGGCGCGGAAAGCACGUCAGGAGGCCGCGGGCCGAGACUGAGGUCCGCAGCAGAACCCCACCAAGUACAUCGGCUCUGAGCCCGCAGCGACACGAGGACGAGGUGGCAGCGUCACAUGUUCUCGCGUCGCUAUCGUCAAAUUUCCACAGCCCCAACAAUACCCACACGCCCGCUUCCGGAAGCCAGUACCAACUUCACACUCCGGCAGUGUCGACAGAACAGCAGAGCAAUCCACCAACGACAGGGUCUAUUCACCAAGACGACGCCGUCUUCCUUGGUGAAUCCAGCUCUUUGCGCUAUGUGACAACAGGGGAGGCUGGCGAGCUAUCUGCAGCAGCAGCAGAGCGCCGACAGUCCUGUUUUCGCCAUGCCGUCCCAAACGCCGCAAGAGCAGAAUCGUUCGUGCCAGAAUGGGAAUCCGAUCGACGUCUUGCGCGCAAGAAGAUCCUGCAAGCAGAGGGAGCCUUUUCAUUUCCCCCUGCCGAGGUCCGGCUCGAGCUCCUCCAGGCGUACUUCAAAUGGUUUCAUCCACACUUCGCAAUCAUAGAUGAAGAAGAAUUCUGGGCCUCAUACCAAGACUUCACGUUUUCUGCCUUGUCUUUACAAGCUAUGAUGUUUAUUGGCGUUAUCCACUGCGAAGAGUCUACCCUCAAGGCUCUUGGGUGGGGAAACCGUCAUCGAGCAAAAUGGUUCUUUUACAUCAGGGCAAAAGACCUAUACGAUGCUACGUACGAGACUGAUAAGGUCACAGUCAUACAAGCUCUGUUUCUGAUGAGCUUUUGGCGAGCUGGUGCGUUAUUGGAGAAGGACGCGCGACAUUGGCUAGGCACAGCUAUUAGUCUCUCGCAAACAAGAGCACUACAUCGUUCCGGGGGCGAUACUGAUGAGAGACGCGCGAGGGUCAAGAGGAGGCUCUGGUGGGCUAUAUAUGUGCGCGAGCGACAAUGCGCAUCGGCUCUGGGACUACCGUGCCGCAUACGCGACAAAGAUUGCGAUAUCGAGCCAUUGUCCUCCGCGGAUUUCACUUCUGCUUUUGCGUCAUCCACUUCUAUCGAGGACCGCCAUAGAUAUACGGUUUACACGAUAAGUAUGGUGCAGCUGGCAGUCUUCCUGGGCAGAGUAGUGGAUGCUGGCUAUCUGCCAGGGCGAGAUCUUGCCCCCGAAGAAAGAAUCAAACUCCGGAACGAGCUACAUAAGUGGAGACAAGAUCUCCCGAGUGUCAUGCAGCUGCAUACGGAUGCUGGCGACCCACCUAACUUCCAAGCCAGCAUGCUCCAUCUCGCGUACAACAACCUACUCAUUCUACUCCACCGCACAAGCUUCGUUGUAGAUGAGAACAGUAACACAUCCGCGGACGGGAAUGUAGCGCUCCAGGCGGCAGCGCGCAACUCGCGUAUAGUCGAGGAUAUGCUACCAGAUGGCAACAUCGGUCACGCUCAGAUGCACGUCAUCACAAACCUCUUUAACACACUUUGCAUCCACGUUGUCAACUUCCGGCGCUCGAGCGGUAUCAACCGCACGCUCGCUGAACAUCGAGCCAAGCUUUGCCUGUUGGGCUUGCAAGAACUUCAAAAGACAUGGGAAGUGACAAACUGGGUAUUGCAGCUAUUCUUCCAAUACCUCGAUAGAGAAACUGCUUCUAGGUUGGCUAUGGAAGCGGAUGACGGAGGCGUCGCGAGGAAUAUUGGCCAGUCUAGUUCGGUCGGCACUACUGCGCAAAUGCCGUCGCAGCAAGAAGGUGUCGAUAGCAUCGCAAUUCGUAACACCCAACAUGAUAUGGAAGGUCCUGCGUCAGCUGCCACUAGCCCUAAGCCCUGGUCAUGGACCCUGGACGAAGCGGAUCAAUAUCUCUUCACGCAGAUUGAGAACGAUUUUGCUUUUGGUGAAGGUACCCUGCAGCAAUGGUGUCCAGAAGAUCUGCUCACAACGGAGUGA